CGACCUUUUGGAGGUCGUCGAUAUCAAGGACCCUUCCACGUUGCCCCUUCCUAGUCACACUUAGACUGUAAAAUAAACCCUUUGCACAGUCCGGAAAUCACGCUCGAAUUAUGCCCCGCGAAAUCAUCUCUGUAUCGGUCGGCCAAUGUGGCAACCAGCUCGGUCAAGCUUUCUGGGAGCAGAUCCUCAAGGAACACGGCUUGGACGAGUCGGGAAAGUACAUCCAGGGAAGCGGUGACGAGGAUCAACAACUCAAGAGGCUCUCGGUCUACUUCCAGGAGGUCGGAGGUAGCCAGAACAAAUAUGUGCCUCGAUCGAUUCAAGCGGAUUUAGAGCCUGCCGUGAUCAACAGGAUCAAGGCCGGUAGACUGUCCAAGUUGUUCAGGCCGGACACCUUCAUCCACGCCCAAUCUGGUGCUGGAAACAACUUUGCAAAAGGAUUUUACACUGAGGGAGCCGAGUUGGUAGAUGAGGUGCUAGACAACAUCCGUCAGCAGACGGAGAACACCGACAGCCUGCAAGGUUUCCAAUUACUUCACUCGCUCGGUGGUGGUACCGGUUCGGGUCUCGGAGCCUUGCUGUUGAGCAAGAUUCGUGAAGAGUACCCUGACCGAAUGAUGGCAACGUUCUCGAUCAUCCCUAGUCCCAAGGUCUCGGACACUGUGGUUGAGCCUUACAACACCUUGCUGGCUACUCACAACCUGGUAGAAAACUCUGAUAUCACUUGUUGUCUCGACAACGAAGCCCUCUACGAUAUCUGCACCAACCUGAUGAAGGUCAAGGUACCGACCCACGAAGAUCUGAACAACGUGAUUGCUAAAGUCAUGGCUGGUUUCACCACGACCUUGCGAUUCCCCGGAGUGCUCAACUCUGACCUACGAAAAUUGGCCGUCAACAUGGUACCUUUCCCGCGACUGCACUUUUUCGCUGUCGGCUACGCUCCUCUCGUAGCAACUCAAUCGCGAGCCUACCAAGCCUCGAACGUACAAGAGCUCAACGCUCAACUCUUUGACCGUCGAUCAUGGUUGGUGGCUGCAGACCCCAAGAUGGGCAAGUACUUGACGACGAGUAUCGCCUACCGAGGGAAGCUCAGCAUGCGAGACAUCGAAAACUCGUCGAUGGAGUACCACGAAAAGCACAGCGGGUCGUUCGUCCCUUGGAUCCCUGGCAACACCCAGACCACCCUUUGUCAGGUACCUCCUAUCGGUACUCCCGCUUCGGCUACUCUGGUAGCCAACUCGACCAGUAUCUCGGAGGUAUUCAAGCGAAACCAUGCGCAAUUCGUGUCGAUGUUCAGGCGAAAGGCUUUCUUGCACGGUUACACCAACGAGGGAAUGGACGAAAUGGAGUUCACCGAGGCCGAGUCCAACUUGGCCGACCUGGUCAACGAGUACGAGCAGUAUGCCAGCGCCGAGAUCGAUGACGACGAAUACAUGGAGGAAGGCGGCGAGGAACAUUACGAGGAAUAACAGGAAUAGGAACAAGGUCAAAAUACCCAAAUCUAACUUGUAGAAAGCGUGUUGCCCCUUACACCCCCGAUCCAACCCGUUCACGGGAUAGCUUCUUGACUCUACCUCUCUUUCUCUUUCUUUUCGGUUUCUUUUCCGGGCGUAUGCGCCAUUACCCCCUUUUCGUGGAUCCUACCUAGGAAAUGCUUGGCGUAGAGCACUAUCGCAUUAUCGGAUAAUACCAGUCUUGUCCAUGCCGUCCUUGUUGUCAAGGGCCUCGACUACAGCGAUUGCUUUCCCGGUGGCACUUCAUAGCAAAGUAGUUCUGUACUUGUUCAACGUUGGACCAAUAUCGCUCAGAGCUGAGACUCGACGCGUCGCUGCAGACUCGUUUGUAGGAGGGG